UGGCCUCCGCCGUGCACCCAACUCCGCCGUUCGCAGCUUCCCGACCAUGGCCGGGACCGUGGGCUCCGUCCGCUUCGCCUUCGUACUCCUCCUCGCCCUCUGCAGCCGGCCGACCGUCAGCCAGGACUGCAGCGGGCAGUGCCAGUGCGCCGCCGCGCCGGCGCCUCGCUGCCCUGCCGGCGUGAGCCUCGUGCUGGACGGCUGUGGCUGCUGCCGCGUCUGCGCCAAGCAGCUGGGUGAGCUGUGCACGGAGCGAGACCCCUGCGACCCACACAAGGGCCUCUUCUGCGACUUCGGCUCGCCGGCCAACCGCAAGAUCGGCGUAUGCACUGCCAAAGAUGGAGCCCCCUGCGUCUUCGGUGGCACGGUCUACCGGAGUGGAGAAUCCUUCCAGAGCAGCUGCAAAUAUCAGUGCACUUGCUUGGAUGGCGCCGUGGGCUGUGUGCCUCUGUGCAGCAUGGACGUCCGCCUGCCCAGCCCCGACUGCCCCUUCCCGAGGAGGGUCAAGCUGCCAGGGAAAUGCUGCGAGGAGUGGGUGUGUGAUGAACCCAAGGACCACACCGUGGUUGGCCCAGCCCUGGCCGCCUACCGACUGGAAGACACUUUUGGCCCAGACCCAACCAUGAUGCGAGCCAACUGCCUGGUCCAGACCACAGAGUGGAGUGCCUGUUCCAAGACCUGUGGGAUGGGCAUCUCCACCCGUGUUACCAAUGACAACGCCUUCUGCCGGCUGGAGAAGCAGAGCCGCCUGUGCAUGGUCAGGCCUUGCGAAGCCGACCUGGAAGACAGCAUUAAGAAGGGCAAAAAGUGCAUCCGCACCCCCAAAAUCUCCAAGCCUGUCAAGUUCGAGCUUUCUGGCUGCACCAGUGUGAAGUCCUACCGGGCUAAAUUCUGUGGAGUCUGCACCGAUGGCCGGUGCUGCACUCCCCACAGAACCACCACCCUGCCAGUGGAGUUCAAGUGUCCUGACGGGGAGGUCAUGAAGAAGAACAUGAUGUUCAUCAAGACCUGUGCCUGCCACUACAACUGUCCUGGGGACAAUGACAUCUUUGAGUCCCUGUACUACAGGAAGAUGUAUGGAGACAUGGCGUAAAGCCAGAGUGAGAGACGCGAACCCAUUCAUCAGACUGUCACUUGAACUGACUCACAUCUCAUUUUUUGUGUAAAAAUGAUUCAGUAGCACAAGUUAUUUAAAUGUUUUUCUAACUGAGGGAAACUAUUCCUACCGAAAUCAAAACAUUGUGCCAUGUCAGGCCAAUACUCUCAACCCCAGACACUGGUUUGAAGAAAGUUUAGACUUGACCAUGAGAUUUAAUAAGCACACAGCGCCAGAAUGUAUACAAAGGUGUGGCUUUAGGAGCACUGAGAGGUGCCAGUAGAAAAGCUAGGACCAUCAGAUGUCAACUGAAAGUACUGACACGCCUGCUAUUUGGAGUGUAAUUUGAGAAGGGAGAUUUUAGCAUGUUCGCUGACCUGCCUGUAGUUCCAGCGACAGCAAGCAUGUAUGGUCUAUACCCAUCAUGAGACUGAAUCAAGUUGUUUAAGUGGGAACAGCAGAUUCAGCUCUGACAUUCUGAUUCAAAAGAAUGUUCAGGAAUCAGAAUCCUGUCUAUUAGACUGGACAGCUUGUGGCAACUUGGUUUGCCGUAACAAGCCAGAAUUUUUUAUUGAUAUGUAAAUAUUGUGUGUGUGUAUAUUAUAUAUAUAUUUGUACAGUUAUCUAAGUUAAUUUAAAGUUGUUCGUACCUUUUUGUUUUAUUUUUAAGGCUUUGAUAUUUCAAAUGUUAGCCUCAAUUUCUCAACACCAUAAGUAGAACAUAAAGUUUGUCUUACAAUACAAAGCAUGGAAUGGAUACUCUUGGAAAAUCUGCUCAGAGUAACAGAUAACGUGCUGCGGGUGAGGCAGUGAUAUUCUAGGAAGUCUGAUUCCUGCUUAGGAAAUGUGGUAGCCUCCCUUACUGCACAAAUGGCUUUUAUUUAAAAAGGAGUCUGUGUUCUAGCUGAUCCAUUUUUGCACCUGAAAGCAUUUGUUUCUACUUAGACUAUGACUGGUUUGGGACAGUUGAUUUGUUGGAGAUUGUGACCAAAAGUUACAUGUUUGCACCUUUCUAGUUGAAAAUAAAGUAUAUAUUUUU